AAGCGAAUUCCCCCAUCUCUCAUUCUCUCUCUCCGUUUCUCUUUUCUGUGGCUCAUCACUCUCUUGUUGAUUUUUUUUAGCUUGUCAAAAAUAAAAAUAAAACCCCAUUAAUCGCGGAUACUCAUUUUCAAAUAAAAUUUCUGUUAAACUUUCAAUUCAUUUUCCAUCCUACGGUUUUUUUUUGUUUUCGUUUUUACGCCAUGUCCUCUAAAACAAUUCUUCUACCGAUCGUCACACACACCGAGAAAUCCAAAUCAAAAUUUCGGAGAUGACUAUAUAUCGGUUCAAUAAAUUAAAAAUAAAAGAAAAAGGACAAUAUUGAGAUCUCGAGUUAACUAGUUUUAGCUGAAAUAGAUAGUAGUUAGAUACUACUAGUAGAACUAGUAUUGGUAGUGAUAGAGUGUGUGGAUGUGUAUCUGUGAUUUAUAAGCCCAAGAAAUCUCUAUCUAUUUUCUAGGGUUUUAGGAAUAAAUUAGAUUAUGAGGAGAAAUUGGAGAGGGAUUUGAGGGGGAUUUUUUUGUUUUGAUUUAGAGGUGAAAGGAGAAGGAAAGAUGAUAGCAUCAGGGGUGAAUUUGGUGAUGACAGUAAUUGGAUUUGCAGUAAGUACGAUGUUUAUUGUAUUUGUAUGUACAAGACUCAUUUGUGCUAGAAUUCAGUUGAAUGCUGCUAGACGUUCAUUUCCAACAGCUACAAGAUCUGAUCUCGGAAUGCUAGAGCGCGGGCUUCAUGGCCUAGAGCCUGUUGUUGUGGCCAAGUUUCCUAUGAAGAAGUUCAGCGAUGAGUACUUCACAUCUUGUACCGAUACCCAGUGCACAGUGUGUUUGUCAGAGUACCAAGAGAAGGAUAUCUUGCGUAUCCUUCCCUAUUGUGGGCACUUCUUCCACGUCGGAUGCAUAGAUAUUUGGCUUCAGCAGCAUUCUACUUGCCCCGUUUGUCGAAUUUCUCUCCGUGAUUCUCCAGAAAGAAAACGUGCGAUGCAGCCUAUGUUCUCUUCAGCAAUCAGACCUCAUAUGGAUUCUCUAGACUUGCAUCCUUAUCGCUGUCCCUAUACCAACCGUAGUUUUUCUUCAAGAUCUAUUGACAAUCGAAGGAUGGAUCCCAUUCAAGAGGAUCAGUUGACAUCUGAGCUUAAUACAGCAGAAACUGUGGGAAGCAUCUCCAUUCAGUGUAACCAUGUUCCCAAAACCAGUUUUGAAGAAUCUAAAGAGAAGCAGGUUGAGAGUCCAUCCAACUGAACAGUCAUGUGUUUCAUGGUAAACCCAAGCUACGUUUUUCUUUGAGGCUUCCCAACGAUUAGGAGAAUGAGCAGGUGGAACUCCAAAAAAUAAUCGGAAAUGCACUCAACUAUCUUGUAGGAAGUUGAUUUGUCUUUUUAAGCGUGGCAUUCAUGUACAUAUCACAAUUUCAGUGGUUUAUGAUCCGGUAAACUGUUUUCUUUACAGUUUGCAAGUUCUGUAAAACAAAGAUGGAGAGUAAAUCGGCGUAAACUGUUUUCUUUACAGUUUGCAAGUUCUGUAAAACAAAGAUGGAGAGUAAAUCAGGUUUGUUGCUGGUGGCGGUUCCUACAUUUCAACCUCACUUCUCUUUACUUAUGUACAAUGGCAUCUGUCUCAUUGUUUUC